UCAGGGUUAAAUGAAGGCGUUUACUUGACUUUGAAGGACACAUGUGGUUCAAAUGAGCAGAGUUUUGCGGUUGGAUGGAGAUCUAUUAAGAGCAACCGUAAACGAGUUGUCAAGAGUUACUGAACUUAGAGGGAUACCAUUUUCUAGGUUUACUGAGCUUAAUCGUAUAAUCAAAGGUUUUCGUACUCAAGAAAUGACAGUUUUGUCAGGAAAUACUGGUGUUGGUAAAACGACUUUCAUGUGCGAGUACUCGCUUGAUUUGGCUGAACAGGGAGUUCCGACACUUUGGGGUAGUUUUGAAAUGCCUCUGCGGAAAGUGUGUAAGACACUAGUCCAACAGUUCGCAGGUGAGCCACUAGAUCCUCCUAUACCCAGCAGAAUCUCUGAAUGGGCACGUAUGUUUAGCGAAAACAUUCCUAUAUAUUUUAUGAACUUACAUGGGGCUCAAAGUUUGACAGAAGUAUUAAAGACUAUGGAGGUUGGUGUCAAAGAUUCUGGCGUAGAACACAUAGUUAUCGAUAAUUUACAAUUUUUACUAGGCGCCGGUGAUGGUGCUUUCGUGGAACGUUUUCAGCGUCAAGACCACUAUAUACAAGAAUUACGUGCUUUUGCCACUGAAAAAGGUACACAUGUUACAAUCGUCGCUCAUCCUCGAAAAGAAGAAACUGGUCGUCUACUUUCAAUUAACAGUUUAUAUGGUGGUGGUAAAAUUUCUCAAGAAGCAGAUAAUAUCAUGUUCUUGCAAGUAGACUCAUCUACAUCGAUCCCUAAGAAAUAUUUACAGAUGUAUGUGUCGUUGAAUACCAUUGCAUCAAUCGAUUCUUUAAGUUAUCUGAUUAUUUAAGUAGUCGAAUAAGGACUGAAGAUGAAACUUCAACGUCUGCAAAUUACUGGGAUUGUGCCCCCACUUUCUCAAUACGUACUGACAACUUCAAUAAAUUCAAGAUAGAUCUCAGUAACGGGUUCCAAAUCCCACAAAAUAAACCUCAAAGAAGAGGAAACUACUAUAGAGAACAACUGGGAAGGGAUCAAAGAAGCAGUGUGGAUAGGAGAAAUUUAUGGAACCUUCUUCGACACUACGGUGUACCUAAGAAGGUCGUCAACAUCAUACGGAAUUCAUCCGACAGACUACACUGUAAAUUCGUGCACGGACGACAGCUGAAAGAUACAUUCCAAGCGAGGAUCGAUGUCAGACAAAGUUGCUUACUCUCCCCCUUUCUAUUUUCUCUGGUGGUUGACUGGAUUAUGAGGACCUUCACAUCUCAAGGGAAGCAUAGAAUACAAUGAACAGCUUGGAUGUAGUUAGAUGUUUUGAACUUCUCAUGUGACCUAUCCCAUACACAUCAACAAAUGUAUUUGUUGACAGCGAGUGUAAUAGCAGUGUCUGCGUCAGUAGGCCUCGACAUCUACCUGGGAAAAAGCAAAGUCAUGAAAUACAACACACAGAUCCUAAAUCCAACCGCACUUGAUGGAGGAUCUCUGGAAGGGGUGGAACGUUUCACAUACCCGAGGAUCAUCAUCGAUAAACAAGAAGGAUAUAAUGCAGAUAUAAACGUAGUUAAAAAUCGUUACGAUGGAACAUUGGGCUGUAUGGACUUGAAUUUUCGAAAAGACCGUCUUUCUUUCCGACCACGACCACGUGAACUAGUAAUCCCAACAAAAGCAACAACGUUUCCAAGGAUAGUUGGUUACGAUUAAAUAUUUUCGUCAUUUUUUCACAGCAUUUCUAUUACAGAUAAACUUGCCAUAAGCCACAUAUAUGUAUAUAUAUAUAUCAUGUACAUGUAUGUAUUUUUUCAUCCAUUUUUGUACAAUUAUCAAAUCCUUGCCAGUAUGACUUUUAUUUCUAUUGAGAAACAGAUUUCUAUAUUUAAUAAAUUAUUAUUACUAUCAGAUUUAAUUGUAUUCUAAAAAUGUACAUUAAUAAAUAAUUUGAAACAAUAAAAGACAAGAAAUAGGAUAACUUCACAUGAAGUUUACUAUCCUUUAUGGACUGACUAAUUAUUCAUGAAAUAGAUUCCGUUUCUCUAUAAUUUAUUGCUAAGUGAUUUAUCACGUAGUACGAGUUCAUUAAAUGACCGCAUUAUUAAAACUCAAUUUCCCAUUAAUACUCGUAAUUAGGAUUCAUUUUAUGUAUGGUGAGAAGCUAAAAAUUUUAUUGUACAUAAACAUUUACCUGACACUUUGUUGGGUACCAACAACAAUAGCCGAUUUCAUUGGUCAUGCCUUAAUCAUUUGAAUAAUACAAGGCUGUUUUAUUAUGGAAGCUAGUUAGUUUGUUACUGGUGUGGUAGAGCAGACUUAUUUUAGGUAGGCAAAUUCCUCAAAUCUGGCCUAUGCGGCUAAUGUUUAGAGGGUCAAAUCGAUUGUUACUGACCGGUAAAGUGAUAAUGUAUUUUGUCAGUUAAUGAUUUGCAACAGGAGUACGUAAUACACCUUGGAAAGGACAGGAAGCUGGGUGGCUUGUGUUACACGGAACUUUCGAAAAUUGUACAAUGUCUAAACUAUUAUUUAUUUAGCGAAUGACCGUUGGUUUUUUAUGCAAGGUAUCAAGAAGUCAGGGGAGAUAAAUUUUUUUCGACUGUAAUUUCCUAACAAGAGUGUGUUUGUUAUGUAACCCUAAAGGUGGCAAUCCUACUAGAGAACAGGAUCUCGCUUACUAUUGUUAAAUCCAGGAUAUCCCCUACCCAUCUAGCACCUUAUAUAUUUUCGAGACAGCUAUAAUGUCAUCAUUAAAUUAUUAAAUGUGAAUAGCAGCCUCAGGAUUUGUUGAGACAACAGAUUGGAGGCAUAUAAUUUCUUCAAUGUAGUCUGAUUUGAAUCCACAGGAUACUUUAUGUACCUUUUUAGAUAUUGUGGAGUUUAUACUUCCUUCAGUCUAGACCAGUUACUAAAAUGCUUACCCACAUUCAUAUGUUUUUAACUAUUUGAGGAUUUACAAGUCUUUUAAGGACAUGAUUAUUUUUAGGAAGUUUCAAAGCAUAGGAACGACUAUUGGCAGAAACAGAGUAAGGAAAAAAUCAGAAGAAACAAUAGGAAGAAUAUAAAUCAGUGUAAACUGGCAUGAUUAUAAUCACAUCAGUGAAAUGCGUUAACUGGAAGACACGACAAAAAUGUCGUAAUGAGGGUAAUCAACUAGUAAUUAAAAGGGAUCAGUGUACAUCAAAGUAUAUCACAGCUCGUAACAAAGUGUUUGACAGUUUUUUAAGUUAUGGUCUUUUGAGUUUAGUAGUGAUUACUCUUCCAAAUCCAUAAGUUCUUUGAUAGCUAGUUGGACUUCUUUUGGAUCCAGUGUGACUGAAAGUCGUAAGUUUUGCAACUCUAAUUGACAUAAUGCACCUGCACGAAUGAGAACAGUAGCAAGAUCAUCUGCAAGUUUGGAAGUUAGCGUAAGUUUACUUGGAAGUGUUUUUACUACAGGAAGUCGUAAGUAAUUAUUGACCUCUGUUGAUGAAGGUUUGGUUUCUGAAGAAUGCAAACUACAGUCCUCAGAUAGCCGUUUGAUUAUUUCCGACUGAGUAGCGAUCAGUAUCACACACAGUGCAGAUACUGAUUCCGGAGCCAUACUAUUACUGUUGAAGGUCUGCGAAAAACGGCCUAACUUGCAGUCUAAUACAAGAACACCGGAUGACUGCUCUAAGUAUUUAACGAUUGCAUCACGUAGUGAUGAACCAUUCUCAAGAACUGUAUUAUAAAAC